AUGUUACACUCCAUAGUAUCGGCCGUUCUUCCAUCGGUCCACUUAUUGGCUUAUUCCGCCUUGAUUGGGACGGAACUAUAUCAGACCUUCGUGGUAACAAAGAUUACUUACAGGGCGUUACCUAGGCCUGCAUUUGUGGGUUUGCAGAAGCAACUCUUCCCAGCCUACUUCAACGCCCAAUUUCUGCUCUUGCUCGUCGUCGCGCUGACACGUCCACCUUACGGUCCAUUCUCGUCAUUCGGAGAACCGGCCAGCUGCAUUCCUUUUGCAGUAGCCGGCGUGACUGGAGGAUUGAACUUUGGAUUGUAUGGGCCUCGGUCUAGGGCUUUGAUGAUCGAGAGGGCAACUAAAGCAACACGCGAUUCAAAGAGUGAGGAAAAGCUACUGUUGAACAAGGCGUUUUCUCGUGCGCAUGCGAUUAGCAUCCAUUUAAAUCUGGUAACGAUUGGCGCAACGCUUUGGUAUGGUUGGCAGUUGGCUUCAAAGCUGCAGUUUUAA